CUACUUAAGAUUACGAACCGCCAAUAAAUAUGAAGAAGAAGAGACACGAACAUCAAGCGCUGUUUUAGUUUGUUGAUUCUUCUCUCCGUGUCCUGUGUUGAUAAUGGGAUGGAUGUGAUUUGUUGUAAAUCAGACGAAACUGAUGAGGGUUUACAGGAUGAUGAAUCUACUGAUCAAACCUCCAUAGAGACUCUGGAUUCUGUCUAUAACGCUGGAGAACAGCAGCAGAUCCUGCAGACCAAACUCAAGAUGUGUUCAGUUAAACUCAUCGACUGCACGAACCUCAUGACGAAGAUUAAAACUGAACCUACAGAAAUAAAAACUGAACCUACAGAAAUAAAAACUGAACCCACAGAAAUAAAAACUGAACCCACAGAAGAGGAAGAUCACACUGAUGAGAAUAAGGAGGACGACGAUGAUUUUAUUCCUGAUGUAAAGAGUGAAUCCGGUUCUAAUGAAGAAACGUCAUCAAAAGAGCGACUGACAGCACAAACUCUUUCCUGCAUUACCCGUGGAAAGAUGUUCAGCUCACAGAGACAUUUAGAGAGACAUGAGAGAAAACACACAGAACAGAACGUCUUCACCAGAUCUGAGAUCAGCUUUACUACCUUACAAGAGAAGAAACUUCAUUCAGAAGAGCACAAAGAGAAGAAGAAGAUUCACUGUCAGCAGUGUGGGAAAGAUUUUGACUUCUUAUAUCAGCUGAAAAGACACAUGAGGACACACAGUGGUGAAAAACCUUUUAACUGCACUAAAUGUGGCAAAUAUUUCAGCACCAAACAAAAUCUUGAUAUUCAUAAGAGCAUUCACACAGGAGAAAAACCAUACAAGUGUUCUCACUGUGAAAAGCGAUUCAGACAUAAAAGCCACAUGAGGAGACACACGCGUUUACACACCAAUGAGAGACCGUAUCAGUGCAGUCAAUGUGACAAAUGUUUCAAUGCCAAAGAAUAUCUUGUUGUUCAUCAGAGAGUUCACACUGGAGCAAAACCGUAUUACUGUAAUGUUUGUGAGAAGAGUUUUAAACAAUAUGGCAGUUUAGUGACGCACCAGAGAAUUCAUACAGGUGACAAACCAUACAAGUGUACUUACUGUGAGAAGACGUUUGCUCGGUCAUGUUCUUUAAAAAUCCAUGUGAGAGUUCACAGUGGCGAGAAACCUUACGUCUGCUCUCAAUGUGGAAAGAGCUGUACUGAUUCAUCUCAUUUGAGAGUUCAUCUGAGAAUUCACACUGGAGAGAAACCUUACAUCUGCUCUCACUGUGGAAAGAGCUUCUCUACUUCAGUUAGUUUGAAAGGUCAUGAGAGAGUUCACACUGAGGAAAAUCCUCAUCACUGUAGUGUUUGUGGGAAGAGUUUCAGUCGACGUGGCUAUUUAGUUUUACACCAGAGAAUUCAUACAGGUGAAAAACCUUACAAAUGCUCUCAGUGUGGGAAGACGUUUGCUAAGUCAAGUCACUCUAAAAUCCAUGAGAGAAUUCACACUGGAGAGAAACCUUACGUCUGCUCUCAAUGUGGAAAGAGCUUCACUACUUCAACUCAUUUGAGAGUUCAUCAGAGAGUUCACACCGGAGAGAAACCUCAUCACUGCAGUGUUUGUGGGAAGAGUUUUAAUCAAUUUGACAGUUUAGUGAAACACCAGAGAACUCAUACCGGUGAAAAACCUUACAAAUGCUAUCACUGUGAGAAGACGUUUACUCAGUCAUGUUCCUUAAAAAUCCAUCAGAGAGUUCACACUGGAGAGAAACCCUACGUCUGCUCUCAAUGUGGAAAGCGCUUCACUACUUCAUCUCAUUUGAGAGUUCAUCUGAGAGUUCACACUGGAGAGAAACCUCAUCACUGCAGUGUUUGUGGGAAGAGUUUCAGUCGAAAUGGCAGUUUAGUGAAACACCAGAGAACUCAUACAGAUUAAAGACUUUACAUAAGACGUGUACUGGGUCAGGUUACUUAAAAGCUGUGUUAAUUUUCAGGAAAUAAAAACUAACAUGGCUUAGCAAAUAAUAUUUAGCAUAGCAUUCCAAAUGAACUGUUACAUGUUAAAACAAUCCUUUGAAUUGUAUCAUUGAUCUCUGUGAUGCCUCUUUUUUUUAGCAAUAAUUGCUGCAAUUUCAAGCGCAAAGUAAUUUAAAGCAACACUAUGUAGUUUUUUUACCUUUAAAUAAUGUCUCUAAAAUUAUUUCAGUGACAGAACAACUUUUAACAGGACAAAUUGUACUGUUGCUGCAACCUGAGCAGGCUCCUAGCUGCUACAAGCACACUCUGAAAGUGGCGGUGGAGGGUAGAGCACACAGCCCCGCCCCUCCCCCUACCUGCAGAAGAGUGUCUGAUACCAGGCACUGUUGCGCUUUUCAACCACAUGGGGGAGCUGUUAGUCAUUUUUACAUGAAAACUACAUAGUGUUGCUUUAAGACAUGCUUUUUUUCGGCAUUAAAUUAUGGCGCAAAUCCCACGUGCAAACAUUAGUAAAUCGCGUUACGUGAAUUAUUUAAAUAAUCUCCUCACAAAAAUGUUGCGUCUGAAAGGGAAACUCCUAGAAAUGCAUAUGCAAUAAGAUCAGUCGCAAAACUAACUUAACCAUGCCUUGUCAGCGCUAAUUAUCCACUGUUGGGAUUUACUGAAAACGCUCAGUGGUUAUUUAACGUCAAAUGAUGGUUUGCGCUGGUGCAAGCUGUUAGUAAAUCUGGCCCAUAGUCUUUAUGAAAAGCAUUAAAUCAUUAUAUUGAUUUUGCAAAAACAAAGCCUUAAAUUACAUUAAAAAAUAUUAAAUUUUAUGUCUACAGACAUCCCUACUUUGUUGAAACCUGUCGCUUCAGAAUCACAACCAGUAUACAUUAUUAUUUGUAGAUUUAUUCCUAGAGUUGUUUACGAUGGCGAUGCUGUGGAUAAAUUGAUUAAACAAAAUGUAAAUAAACUGACAUCUUAUAUGCGAGUUUCGUCACACGUAUUUACACCUUGUUGCGUCCAGAAUUGAGUAAAUCAUACAUACAAACAAUACAAUGUUACAGUGUAAUCGUUUUAAAUCAUGCAGUACAGUGUUGCAUUGUAAACUUUGUCUUUUUAGAGGACUGUAAAAUAGAUGGUCUCUCUCUCGCAAUGAGUUUGUGCGCGCACGUUAAAUGAAGCUCGUUCACGUACUGUAUGUCUAAGGCUAAGUUUACACGUGGGCAGCUAUUUUCAUAAACGGACAUUUCAACCUCUCCGGUUUCAAAAAUAAUGUCAGUUUUCAGAAAAGUGUUCAUUUACACGUACCCGUGCAUAUAUGGUCACUGUGAUUUCACCAAGUAAGAUGUGAUCCUGGAUCAACAUUUUUUGUUGAUCCUGGGUCAACGUUUUAAUCAAAGAUACCCCAACCUACCCUUAACUCAAACCCUAACCAUUUUUAAACCCUCAAAUUAGUGUAACAUCAUAGUUUGAGGAGUAUUUCUUAAAAGCCCCUAACCCAAUCCUAAACCUAAAUCUAACAUACACAAUAAUCCUACUCCUGCAAUCUGAUUGGUUAAUGAAAAUGUUGCUCCAGGACCAACAAUGGAGUUGAUCCAGGAUAACAUCUUAAGGGCUAUUUAUAGUCGUGCGUAGGAUCUAUGCCGU